AUGAGGCUCGUGGUGAACUGCAACGGCCUCCGGCUGGACGUGCCCUGCGGAGCGGGCUGUCAGCACAUCCGCUGGCUCGGUCUGGCGGUCGCCUCGCGGGUGAAGCGUGUGCAGUACCCGCACUCCUUCCUGGUACCGCUGCGGGUGAUGAGCAGCGACGGCAGCGCCUUCAAGCCCCGCGACGUGAUCAAGGACCACCUGCAGGACGGCGACGAGGUGACGGUUGUGCUGCGGCAGGGCGCCACGAUCCCCGAGGACGACUACGAGAUCAGGGAGUGGUUUGAGGAAGCGUACGGCCCGUCGUCCAAUCUGAUGGAGUGCAAGAUCCGCUGGAAGCAGUCAAGUGACCCGAAGCUGUCACAAGACAUCCCGAAGUACGUCCGCGGCGAGUUCAAAGUGGCCCCCAAGUGGCAGGGCGUGUACCCUCAGGAGGAGUUCGGCGGGACGUUCGAGCUCCCCAUCGAGGCGGUAGAGCUCCCCGACAAUCAGUACGACUGGGUGUCGAUGCGAAAGGGGCCGCCAGGCAGCUGCACGUACAAGUUUGUCAUGGACGGAGGCGUCGAGCAGGUCUGCAAGGCCAGCCCCGAGACUAUGACCCCGGACAAGCAGGCUCACUAUCAGGAGUUCUCCUGGGAUGUGCCCAUCGCCCCCGUGCCCUACCCCGAGGUCGACAGCCGCCCGUCCACGGCGUCCUCGAGGGACGGGGCACAGGUGGACCCCCGGUUCGAGCAGGACUGGGAGGACAUGCGCCUGAAGUGGGUGGAGCCGCCCUCCAUGAAGGUGCGGGUUAAGGACGUGCUGACCGAGUUCUACGCCAUCUUGGUCGACCUCUUCGACUCCUACGCCUUCAUGGGCCUGGACCUGUCCGCCGCGCAGCACACGAUCGGCAUGGACGACUGGAGGCACCUCCUGAUCAAUUGCGAGCUGCUCGAGGGCCAGCCAGACGGCCAGCUUCCUUGGAGCCUCGCCUGCAAGUGGUUCGAGGAGGCGGCUGGGGUGCGGGAUGGGCGACCGCACCUGGCGCAGAGGCUGACCCGCGCUCAUUACCUGGAGUUGCUGAUGCGAACAGCGUACCACGCAAUGUGCCAGUACCCGAAGCCGCAGUACGUAACCGAGACCGGCCGGCCCAUGCCCUUGGACGAGGGCCUCUUCCGCUUCAUCACCGACAUCCUGAUCCCUGUGAUGGAUGUGUACGACGAAGACCCGAUCCGCAAGGACGCGGUGCAGCCGGAGGCCCUCGCGGCAAUCCAGCAGAACCGGCCUUCCAUUCGCUCGAUCUACUCUUUCCUCGCGCAGCCGUGGGACCCAUGCGAGGGCGAGGGUGUGGUCAUCCCAGCGACGCUCUCUUUCGCGUUCGAGUACACGAAGGGCCAGAUGGCCUCGUCCGCAGAAGGCGGUGCGCCGGCCGCGAGCGCGGAGGGAGAUGCCGAUGGCACGUUGAGGGAGGGCCUCGGGGCCGCCAGCGCGGAGCCUGCGCUGACCGAGGAAAUGGUCGACGUGGUGUUGAACUCGCUCCCUGACGCCGUCGCCCAGAUCACCAGGAAGCACCCAGAGCCCAUGCAGCAGCGCGCGCUCUUCUUCUGGGAGUUCUUUGAGGUCAUGAUGGAGGGCUGCCGGCAGCUGCAGGCACAGCUCGAGGUGCCGCUCCAGGCAGGGAUUCCAGCCUGGGUGCAGACGGUCCUGGCGUUUGUCAACGCCUGCGACCGCGAGGAGGUGAGGCUGCCGGACCCCCCGGACCUGGGGGCGGCGGGCCAGGAGCCCGCGGAAGGCGCCCCAGAGCAGCCGUGA